AUGGGAAAUUGUAUUUAUAAGUCUUAAGUUGACAAUUAAGCUUAGGAUACUAUUAAAUAGGUGGAUGGAAUUAUUGAUUAAGCAAUCCAAGAGGAGAAUGUAUAAAAAUAAGCAACUUCUGAAUAACUAAAAAUAAUUUAAAAUGAAGUUAGGGCCUUAAAUUAGGAGAGCCCUGAAAGUAACUCUGGUUCUUAUUGUUCAAAUCCUCAAAUAAAAUAUCAAUCAGAUCUACAAUUAUCUCCUAAUUUAUUGAUCAGAAAAUAGAAUGAUGGCGAGAAAUUUCUAUUCCAUUAUGAAAUAAUAAAGAAAUUAGGCCAAGGAGGCUUUGGAGAAGUGUAUUAAGUUAGGCAUUUAAAAACCAAAUUGAUAAGGGCUGCAAAGGUUGUUAUCAGAUAAUCAAUCGAGAAUGAAUCUCUAUUAUUCCGAGAAACUGAAAUACUAAAAACCUUAGAUCAUCCAAAUAUAGUGAAAAUUCUUGAACUCUUCAGUGAUAACCAACAUUUCUAUAUAAUCACUGAAUGCUUAGAUGGAGGGGAACUCUUAGACAGGGUCAGAACAAUAACUAAUUAUUCAGAAGAAAUAGCAAAAACAUAUAUGAAAUAAAUAUUGUCUGCCAUGAUAUAUUGCCAUGAAAGAAAGAUUGUCCAUAGAGACCUUAAACCUGAAAACAUAUUAUUUGAUACUUUAGACAUCAAUUCGAAUUUGAGAGUUAUUGACUUCGGAGCAAGUGAAAAGAUGAUGUCCAAAAAGCUCACAACUAAAAUUGGCACUCCUUAUUAUUUAGCCCCUGAAAUUCUAAGAUCCAAUGGAUACGAUGAGAAAGUGGAUGUUUGGUCAUGUGGUGUGAUUCUUUAUAUAUUAUUAAUCGGAAAGGCUCCGUUUAGAGGAAAAAACCGAUAUGAAACUUUGCAACUAGCUUAAUAAGCGAAAAUUGAAUUUAAUGCAUAAAUUAUUUAAAGGAUAAGCCAGGAUGCUCUUGAUUUGAUUAAACUCAUGAUUGAAAAAGAUCCAAACAAAAGAAUUUCUAUGAAGGAGGCAAUGAGUCAUAGUUGGAUUUAAAUGUAAUCUUAGAAGAGUUUAAAUUUUGACUAAACCUUUUUCAGAAAUAUCACUUAAUUUAAAGGCUAUAAUAAUUUAAGAGUGGCGAUCUACCAAUUUAUUACAAUAUAAACACUUAAAAAAGAAGAAUGCGAAAAAUGCUUAGAGGCUUUUAAAAGACUUGACAAUAAUGGAGAUGGUGUACUAUCUGAAGAAGAAAUACUUCAAGGAAUGCUCAUGGUCAAUAUAAAUUAAAUAACUUCCUAAAACAUGAUAAAAGAGAUUAUGAGUCAAAUGGAUACUAAUGAUUCUGGAAAAAUCGAUUUUACUGAAUUUAUUACUGCUUCAGUUAUGUAAGAGAAACGAAUAUUGAAAGAAAGUCUGAGAGCUGCAUUUAGGCUUUUUGAUUUGGAUGGUAAUGGUACUAUUUCCAGAUCAGAAAUACAGGAGAUAUUUGGUGGAAUUUAAAUUGAUAAUAAUGCUUGGUAAGAAAUUUUAACCUCUUGUGAUGACAAUAAGGAUGGUUUAAUUGAAGAGAAUGAAUUUCUUGCAUUAUUAGAGAAUUUGUAAUGA